GGCACGAGAGAAGGAAAUUGCAUUGCGGUUGAUGAUAAAUAAAAAAACCAUCGUCACUACUAGACUUGUUCCUCCUGGGAAGUUGAACAUGACCAACCUCCUCGACAUCGUAAUGCGCGAGAGAUACAUGAUGCGUCUGUUCAACUACAUCGUCUUUAAAUCGGAGAACAGAGAGGCGAGGGAAUGGAAGGACGGGAACUUCUUCGACUAUGAAAAAGUGGAGCAAAGGUUUGGUGUGAGGGCAGCCGAAUGGGAUGAGGAAAGGGAUAGGAUCCCUUUGGAAUACGUCCGGAGGGUUCCAAAAAGACUCGGCGGAGAGCAAGAGGAAAAAGGUCUGAAAAGAUUUGGCAUGAAGGCCACGGAGGCAUUGUAUAGGGACGCGCCUUUCCACUUCAAGUACUUCGUAUACCAUGAAAUUGGAAGAGUGGAAUUGUUGACAGCUGAGUUGCGACAGUUGAAGAACGCUGCGCUUAAUCUGAGUUGGGAAAAGAAACAAGGACGGUUAACAUUGCUACCGGUCAACAUGCACCCCAAGGAGUUGAUGCCCGCGGCCGACGAAAUUGUGACUGCGGCCACGAACUUGAAUUGCAAGGCGGCUAUCCUCGAUCUCGCCAACCCGAAGAAGUGCCUUGCAUGGUCGCCGACCGAUUUCGAUGCUUUGCACAAAACGAUGACGAAAUUGUGCGGUAAUAAUUGGAUUUUGAUUGUUUUUGCCCCGCAAAAACAACAUAAGAUCGUCAUGAAGCAGCUUUACAACUCGGAUGAUGUAGAGGUGAUACCCGGGACUUGGAAGCGUUAUCUCGGGGUCGGGACGACUGUUAGCAAGUACGGAAACUGGCAAGUCGAUUAUAAGGACACGAUGGCGAUCGUCCUGCAUGCCGAGGGCGGCGACCUCAAGAAGGUCACGAGGGCCCCUAAAUCAGAGGCGGAGAUAGUGGAGCUAAACGUUGAGGAGGAGCACUUCAAGAGGUGCUCAAGAGGCAUGGCGGUGAGAAAGAAAACGAACGAGAGGUGUAUGGGCGGUGGGAACGACAUCCCAAACAGUUGCAGAAGUUGUGUAGUUCGUUUCUGCACGAGGAUCAGGGGGUGAUUCUUAUCGGGAAGUCGCAUGCUGGACUUGUGUGGGAGCUUCUGCGCGCUGGCUAUCAUGUUUUCGCAUGCGACU